AUGCCACGUCUUCGUCGACUAAGUCUUGUUGGUAGUGCACCUAAAGAUCUUCAUCAUAUAUCAACAAUACUUCUUGCUGCUCCAAAUCUCUUUCGUUUGGAUCUGAAUUAUAAUACAUUAAUACUUUUACUUGAUAAUAAAGAUAUUUGUAAACUUCUUCAACAACGUAUAACUGCUUUAACAAUCAAUAAUAUGUCAUCAUGUUUAACAAAUACAAAAGGACAUAUACAACAUAUUGCUUCAAUAUUUUUACAUCUUCGACAUUUAUAUAUUGAUAUGAGAUCCUUAGAUGGCACAAUAGAUUUAGUAGUUUUAUGUUAUUAUGAUGAAUUUUCUAAACAACAAGCACCACUUAUUUCACUCUGUGCUGAUGGUAAACCAUCGAAUGAAAUGAAAAUUGAUGCUAAAAAAUGGUUAAUAAAUCAAAGAAAUCAUCUUCAAUAUAAACAAUUUGCAGCUUUUUUUAAUGAAAAAGCAGGUAGAUUACUUAUUUGGAUGUGA